UAUGGAUACGUACUUUUAUUUUUGACACGUCGAAAUAAAGUAUUUGCCAUCUUCCUUGUCGCCCACUUUUUCCCACUAGUAUCUUUAUUUAUCAUUUAUUUAAUCCAUCUAAACAAAAUUAAAGGUACAAAACAGGCCUUUGCAUUUAAACCUUUGCGUAUCGUCCUACUGUGCCACUUGAUUGCCUCUCAAAGUAUCUCACUACGAACGAGUUUGUGGCGCAUUAUUUCUUGGCCCUACGUACCCAAGCCAUCAGAAUUGCUUUCACAAGUCUGUAAGGUUGCAGUCAUGAAGGGUAGAGUAAAUACUGACGGGCAUCCUACGAAUGAGAUGUCAGCUAUUGAUUCGAUGAAUUCGUCGGAUAGGAACUCAAACACAACGGUUUCUCUUCCGCCGUUUGGAGACGGGAAGGAGUAUCAGAAGUUAAAUGAGGAAGAGCAGAGAAAUAUGUCGGUGUCUAUUGCGGAUAUGUUAAAGCUAGAGGGGCAGGCUGGAAGGGUGGAGGAGGUGGAUGUGGAUGAUGAUGCUGAAGAGGUGGUGGAUGCGGAGGAUAGGAAGAGGAGAACGGAAAGAUUAAAGGGAGCAUUGGGGAUAUUGGCGCACUUAUGGUGGCAAGAUUCCAUAUCAAUCAAUGAAGCUGCGGAGAAACUGGCGGAUUGUAGUAGAGAUCGUGAGUUUAGCCUUCGACUUGCAAAAAAAUUCCGACACGUGAAGUUCUCGGUCUCACGUGGUCAAGCGGCUACUGUGAGAUGAUCAAGCAUUUUGAGAAUUGCAUCUAGUGAUCUAACAUCGUUCUAAUUCGGAAAUAGCUAAAUGGCGAGUUCCUAUUGGAGACUCCGGCAUUUUGAAUUUCUUCCUCGAGUUAUUAAGUGCACAUACUUUACGCCAUGCUCUCAAACUUCAAAUAUUACGGUUAGUGGGAAACUCAUGUGCAGAUACCGGUAGGCUCAAUCUCACUGUAUAAUUGCACAAUACUAAUAUUGAGAUAGAUGAGAAUAGGGCGCGUGUUGUAGGGUCAAACUACAUUCCCUUGAUCAUUACUCAGUUAUCAGAUACCAAUUUACUCGCCUUUGCAGUACCAGUCCUCUUUAAUGUUUGCGUCGAUUAUGGUUAGUACAUUUGAAGCUCCAAGUUAAUGACCAGCCGCUGACUGCAGUCAGUCCCUGCUCAACAACAGGCAUCCAGUUCAUAUUUAAGCAAGGAACUCAUUACACUAAUUGCGAGCCCCCGAUUCAAAGACAGCAUACAUUUCGUCGGAUAUAUAUGCAAAUUGCUCGAUUUGCUCAUACAACAACGUAUGUUUGACAUUCAAUCGAAUCUAAUGUUGAGACUGACCAAAUCAAGCUUCUGAGCAGGAUAUGGCACCGGGAAACACUCCUAUUGUUCUUUUGAAGUUGGCUUCAGAUCGUGAAGAUCGUGUGGAUAUGGAAGAUUACAUUGCUCUUGUGAACACCGCUGUGGCAUAUCUAGGACACGAAAAAUUCCAGAAAACUUUGGUGAAAACCCCACAGGCGCUCGAUACCGCUCUAGCGGUCCUCGUUGAUUCAUACACACGGUUUGAUUCUCAUCCAUCAAUCAGUUCCUCUACAACGCACGAGGACGAUGGAAAGGCACUGUCGCAGAUGCGUAUCAAUCUCAAUUCGGCUUUGUCCGAUAUCUCAGCUUUACCGGAGUUCAAGGAGGCAUGCCCUGUUGUGUCACCAUUCUCUUCUUUUCUCCGCCGAUGGUUAUCAAGUGAACAAGUUCAAUUACGAGUUUGUGCUUGUAUAAUGUUAGGUAACCUUGCUCGUAAUGAUGAAGCUUGUGAGCUUUUUGUACACACGGCUCGGGUCCAUGCGCCCUUGAUUUCAAUACUCAAGGACGUUAACGAUUCACAAUUACUCCAUGCGGCUCUUGGAUUCCUCAAAAAUUUGGCUUUACCUAUGAAGAAUAAAGAAGUGUUGGGAAGCUCCGGUAUUUUCGAAGUACUUCCCAGAUUAUGGCUUCUUGAUAUUCUUCAACCAAUUCAAUUAUCAUCCAUAUCUCUCACUCGCCAACUUGUCAAUGGUUCCUUCGAAAAUGUCGAACGAAUUUGCGCACGUCUUUCAACGGAUGAGGAUUCACCAGCUCAUGAACGUUCAAACCUUUCUCUCUUGAUCGCCUUGUUCGAUCGCACUGAUGUGGAACCUAUUAAAAUGGAAAUCUCUCGUUUAAUUACCGCCGUAUGCCGAGUCUUCACAGCUUAUAAAGGUCAACCGACCGAAGAACUAAACGAAAUUCGACGAAAAUUUCUACUCCGCCAUCCUGAUAUUGGUCGACCCUUGAGUUUCAUGGUUUCUCAGACUAAAUGGCCAAUUGUCAGAAGUGAAGGAUGGUUUGUUUUUGCACUUAUGGCUAGAUAUCCAGAUAGUGCGCAAUGCAUCAGUGAUAUGAUGCAGGACGUUACCGUUUUCCAACCUCUCGUCGAAAUGCUCACCGGCAAACCACUCUUAGAAUAUAAGGCGGCUCCGGCAACCAACACUCUUUUGCCAACCCCGCAAACCGAUACCGACACUUUAAGCGUGGAACCUCAAACUCCCGAGCCGGAGCCCGUACAGCCGCAUGCACAGGCGGCAGAGAUGGCACGUAUUGAUCGGGAAAAUGCCCUAGUACUCGUUAGUGAAUUAUUGAAGAAUCGAGGCAGCGAAAUGGCAGUCAUGAGACGCACGCUCUUUGAGGAUUUAUUGAAAGGUGGUGGGGAGUUGGUGAUGACUUAUAGGGAGGCGAAAGAAGAGGGCGGAAGUGCGCAGUGGAGGGAGGGGGAUGAUAAGGGGACAGGGAUAAAUUUACAUGAGGUCGCUACGGAGAGUAUUCGUGAGUUUUCUUAGAGAAGGGAAAAGGAUAAGACAGUGAGAGUGGAUGUGAUUAGAUAUUUUAGAUUGAUAGCUAUGUAUGGGGAUUAUGAGGUGAUUAUUUGAUAGAAAGAAUCUAUUCAAUAUUUUUUUUCGUGUUAUAAUAAUUUAAAAAAAAAGUAUUUUGAAUUUGGUUUAUUUAAACGAUUGAAAAAUUUAAAAGUAUUAUUAAUUAUUUUCUUUAUAAUUAUCUAUUCUUUAUUUAUAAAAUAUAUUAUAUUCUAUAUAAUUUUAAUUAUAAUUAAUUAUAAUAUUAUAAAAUAUAUAUUUAUUUAUUUAUUUAUUUAUUUAUUUAUUUAUUUAUUUAUUUAUUUAUUUAUUUAUUUAUUUAUUUAU